CGCCUUUCUGCAGACCGCGAGCUACCCACACACACACCGCUUGCAGCGUCCCGCCCUUUCUUACUUUUUGUUAGCCCAGCAGCCAGGUACCUCGUACAUCGACUUCAUUGACUCGUGGUCAUCUGAUUCGCAGCAUUCUUGGAGUAACAUCCCAAGACGUUCCAGCCACAUCCUCACUCGCUUGACAAGGCUUACCUUACAUUGGCGAUCGACCAUGACACUCCGUGAGUCCAUUAGCCUAGCCGUUUUACUACCUUCUCCCUCUACUUGCUCAUUCGCCCAAUUCGUCACGAGCGCAGUAGACUGCUUUUUGUUUCCUCUUCUUGUCAUCUUUGCAAGACUGUAUUCUUCGGAGUAUGGUGUUCAGCACCCGAUAUCAUCCCACACCGAGCCGAAGACCAAUGCGCACUUGUAGCUAAUCAAGCGCGCGAUAUAGCAUUCCUCGAGUUCAGAGAGGCAGUUCGCCGCGCCACGAUGCCCACGAAGCACCACACCCAUGGCGGUCGAAAUGGAGAUGCAAAUGAGAGAACCCCGCUAGUUAGUACUUCGGAUAACGGCAAUGGCCAUAACCAUGAACACAGUCCGACAUACAAGUUCUUCCUCGAUACGCAGGAAACGCCUGGAUUGGGCAGCCAGAAGCCGUGGGUCAAGUGGCCGGCGCACGUUUGGCAUACCACCAAGACCACCUUGUUGAGCAGUUAUGUCAACAUUCUCUUGGUCUUCGUGCCUAUCGGCAUUGUCGCUGGUGUCACGAAGUGGGAUCCCGUCACUGUCUUCAUCCUCAACUUCCUUGCUAUCAUCCCUCUGGCGGCAGUGCUUUCCUUUGCGACGGAAGAGAUCUCGGUGAACCUCGGCGACGCUUUGGGUGGCUUGCUGAACGCGACUUUUGGAAAUGCGGUUGAGUUGAUCGUCAGCAUUAUUGCCUUGAUGGCCGAAGAGUAUGACGUCGUCAAAUCAUCCAUGAUUGGUUCUAUCUUGUCGAACUUGCUGCUUGUUAUGGGCAUGUGCUUUUUGUUCGGGGGCAUUGCCAACAUGCGAGAUCAGAAUGGUGUCGGGAUGGAACAAACUUUUGCCUCCAUAACGGCUCAGACCACGUGCUCCCUGAUGACACUUGCCGCUGCUUCCAUGAUCAUUCCUGGAGCUUUGUCCAUGGUCCUGAAUUCCACUGAAGGCGACGAGGCCGUCAGGGAGAGGACGAUCAUCAACCUUUCUCGAGGAACGGCAAUCAUUUUACUCCUCAUCUACGUUCUCUACCUUUGGUUCCAGCUGAGGACGCAUCACAACCUGUUCAGCGCAGAUUCACAAGAAGCGGAAGAAGCGGACGAAUCGCAAGUGAACGGCGUUGAGCCGGAGUCUCGCGAGUCCGAGGUAGCGGAACACAUGAGCCCUUGGUCUGCCGCCGUUGUGUUGAUUGUGGUGACCGUCAUGGUCUCGGUGUGCGCCGACUACCUGGUCAAUAGUAUUGAUGCUCUUGUGGAACGAGCCCACAUCAGUCGCAACUUUGUCGGUCUAAUUUUGAUUCCCAUCGUGGGCAACGCUGCAGAGCACGUUACCGCCGUGGUCGUGGCGAUCAAGAACAAGAUGGAUCUGGCUAUGGGAGUCGCUAUUGGCUCAAGCAUCCAGAUCGCUCUCUUCGUCACCCCUUUCUUGGUUGUGCUCGGCUGGGUGAUAGACUUGCCCAUGACACUGAAGUUCGAGACUUUCGAGACUGUGGCUUUUGCCCUAUCGGUUCUGGUAGUCACCUACACCGUACAAGACGGCAAAUCAAACUACCUGGAAGGCGCAAUGUUGAUGUCACUCUACAUUAUCAUUGCUGUGGCCUUUUUCGUCACCCCCAGUGAAUCCUUCGGCAAGAGCAAUUAAAAGUCACACUCGUGUCGGAAAUUAACGUUCUACCGCUUGCCAUCGUGUUUGCAUGAGUCAGAAUUGUCAAGGCGGAAACUUCUAGCGCGCAAACUAUUUUGACGCCAAAGUCGCUUCACAGGCCAGAAAAAUUGUAUUGGGCAAAAGAUUCAUACGGAGGCUUGGUAUGCUUGAUUUAUGGAGUUAAAUCGGAGGCGGUCGUCAUCACCGCAGUGUUUCAU